AUGGAGGCUUUUCGUAAUUUGGAUAAAGAUAUUGAAGGUUCAGCAAAACGCUGGAAAAAAUUAGUAGAAGGUGAGACACCAGAAAAAGAAAAACUACCACAAGAAUGGAAGAACAAAACACCAUUACAAAUAUUAUGCAUACUACGUGCAUUACGACCAGAUCGUAUGAGUUAUGCGAUUACGGAAUUCGUUGGACAAAAGUUGGGUCAAAAGUAUAUCGAAGGUGGAGGUUUAUCGUUUGUUAAGUCAUUUGAAGAAUCUGGUCCAUCUAUACCAAUCUUCUUUAUCCUAUCACCUGGUGUGGAUCCAUUAAAAGAAGUAGAAGCACUCGGCCGUAAACUUGGUUUUACUGGGGACAGUCAAAAUUUCCAUAAUGUCUCUCUAGGUCAAGGUCAAGAAAUAGUUGCAGCAAAAGCAAUGGAGUUGGCUUCGAGGGAAGGACAUUGGGUUGUACUACAAAAUGUUCAUCUCGUUGCUAAAUGGUUACCAACACUAGAGAAAUUAAUGGAAGAGUCAGCUGAGAUUGGACAUGAAAAUUACAGAUUAUUUAUCAGUGCUGAACCAGCGGCCGAUCCAGAAUAUCAUAUUAUACCACAGGGUAUAUUAGAAAAUGCAAUUAAGAUAACAAAUGAACCACCCACUGGCAUGUUUGCUAAUCUGCACAAAGCCUUGAAUAACUUCAAUCAAGAUACACUUGAAAUGUGCAGUCGUGAGAAUGAAUUCAAAACGAUCCUAUUUGGCUUAUGCUACUUUCAUGCCGUUAUCUGUGAAAGACGUAAAUUUGGUCCACAAGGUUGGAAUCGUAUUUAUCCAUUUAAUACAGGUGAUCUGACCAUCAGUGUUAGUGUAUUAUAUAACUAUCUAGAAGCGAAUAGUAAAGUACCAUGGGAAGAUUUGAGAUAUUUAUUCGGUGAUAUAAUGUACGGUGGACAUAUUACAGAUGACUGGGAUCGUCGUUUGUGCAAAACAUAUUUAGAAGAAUAUUUAGUACCAGAAAUGUUAGACGGAGAUCAUUACUUAGCACCGAACUUUAGAACACCUCAAAAUACUGAUUAUAAAGGUUAUCAUCAAUAUAUUGAUGAAUGCUUACCAUCUGAAUCGCCAUACCUCUAUGGAUUACAUCCGAAUGCUGAAAUGGAAUUUUUAACAAAUAUAUCUGAAAAACUAUUUCGUACAGUAUUUGAAAUGCAGCCUCGUGAUGCUGGUGCUGGUAGUGGUACUGGGAUAAGUAGAGAAGAAAAAUUACAAAGUGUACUAGAUGAAAUUAUUGAUAAACUACCAGAAGACUUUAACAUGUCAGAAUUGCAAGGGAAAGUUCCACCAGAAGAACGCACACCAUAUGUGGUGGUUGCUUUUCAAGAAUGCGAACGCAUGAAUAUAUUGAUUAAAGAAAUGCGUCGAUCGCUGAAAGAAUUAACACUUGGUCUAAAAGGUGAAUUGACUACAACCCCGGAAAUGGAAGAAUUAUCUAAUUCACUUAUUAUAGAUAAUGUACCAGUGCAAUGGGAGAGACGUGCCUAUCCAAGUAUGUAUCCACUAGGUAUCUGGUAUGCUGAUAUGUUAUCUAGGGUAAAAGAAUUAGAAGCUUGGACAAAUGACUUUGCUCUACCUAAUACUGUUUGGUUGGGUGGUUUAUUCAACCCACAAUCAUUUUUAACAGCUAUCAUGCAACAGACAGCAAGGAAAAAUGAAUGGCCAUUAGACCGUAUGGUACUUCAGUGUGAUGUGACCAAAAAGACAAAGGAUGAAAUGAGUUCACCACCAAGAGAAGGUGCUUAUAUUUAUGGUCUCUUUAUAGAAGGUGCAAGGUGGGAUAUACAAACUAACAUGAUUGCUGAAGCUAGACUGAAAGAGUUAGCACCAAGUCUCCCAGUUAUCUUUUUAAAAGCAAUUCCAGUAGAUAGACAAGAUCUGCGCAAUACUUAUGCUUGCCCCGUGUACAAAACGAAACAGCGUGGACCCACUUACGUAUGGACAUUUAAUAUGAAAACUAAAGAGAAACCAUCUCGCUGGAUUAUGGGUGGUGUUGCCUUAUUAUUACAAGUUUAA